AUGGCAACAGCAGCUCCUAACGAUCGCAGGCUUCGUCAUCAGCGCAAAUCGGCCGUGGUUACCAGUGCCAACCAGCGCGUCGCGUAUGCUACAGUGCUACACUCAUCGGAGCGCAAGCUGCGGCUGUGGCAGCAGGCGGAGUACACCAAGCUGGUCUUCAUUGACUCGGACCUGCUCCUCUUGAACAGCGUUGACUUUCUCUUCUCCUACCCCGAGAUCUCCGCCCGCGGAAACGACGGCUCAGAUUUCAACUCGGGCGUGAUGGUCCUGGAGCCGUCAAAUUGCACGUUGGAGCUGCUGAUGGAGAAUCUGGGGAGAGUGCGAUCGGCAAACGGAGGGGACCAGGUGAGUGAGACCAUGGCUUCUUGA